AUGGUUCGGGGGCCCAUGGGGAACUGUGCCAAGCGGCCCCGGCGCCGGGGGCCUAAGGACCCCUGGCAGUGGCCGGGCUCCCCGCUGGGGAGCUCCCUGCCCAGCCCCGGCCCCAGUCCGGAGGAGCCCUGCAGUGCCCAGGGCUACUCGGUGCUCGGCAGCCUGGUGGGGCCGGCCUGCAUCUUCCUUCGGCCCAGCAUCGCCGCCACCCAACUCGACCGGGAGCUGCGGCCCGAGGAGAUUGAAGAGCUGCAGGCUGCCUUCCAGGAGUUUGACCGAGACCGGGAUGGCUACAUCGGCUACCGGGAGCUGGGUGCCUGCAUGCGGACCCUGGGCUACAUGCCCACCGAGAUGGAGCUCAUCGAGAUCUCACAGCAAAUCAGUGGUGGGAAGGUGGACUUCGAGGACUUUGUGGAGCUGAUGGGCCCCAAGCUGCUGGCAGAGACAGCUGAUAUGAUCGGCGUCCGGGAGCUGCGGGAUGCCUUCCGGGAGUUCGACGCCAACGGGGAUGGCUGCAUCAGCGUGGGGGAGCUCCGGGCGGCCCUCAAGGUCCUGCUGGGGGAGCGCCUCAGCCAGCGGGAGGUGGACGAGAUCCUGCAGGACAUCGACCUCAACGGAGACGGCCUGGUGGACUUCGAAGAAUUUGUGCGAAUGAUGUCUCGCUGA